AUGUCCAGCCAACCACUCCUUCAAACGGCUCCAGGCAAACGCAUUGCCCUGCCUACCCGUGUCGAGCCUAAAGUCUUUUUCGCCAACGAGCGAACCUUCCUCUCCUGGCUCAACUUUACCGUCAUCCUCGGCGGAUUGGCCGUUGGCCUUCUCAACUUCGGUGAUCGCAUUGGACGUAUCUCCGCCGGCCUGUUCACCAUCAUCGCCAUGGCAGCCAUGAUAUAUGCACUGGUGACAUUCCAUUGGCGCGCCCAGAGUAUCCGGAAACGAGGUCAGAGUGGGAUUGAUGACAGGUUCGGGCCGACCAUCCUGGCUAUCUCGCUGCUUGCGGCUGUUGUGGUGAACUUCGUUCUGCGCAUGCUGCAGGAAUAG